AUGGACCCGCCACCGCCGAUGAACAAGAUCGCCGAGUUUGCAGCACAGAUGAUCUGCUACCUCUGGUUUGCAGAGCCCAGGCGGACAACAACACCCAUCACCCAGGCUCAGCUCGUCCCCAACCCCGAAUUCGUCGUCUUCAUCCACAACCUGCUCAGCACCACCCAAGUCUCCCACUCCGUCGUCCUCCUCGCACUCUUCUACAUCCACCGGCUCAAGGCACUCAACCCGAUCAAACCCAACGCAAAGAGCGAGUACCGCAUCGGCGUCGUCAGCCUCAUGCUGGCCAACAAGAUGCUCGAUGACCACACAUACACCGCCAAGACCUGGUCAGAAGUAUCCAGGCUGCCGCUCAGCUCGCUCAACGACGGCGAGAUCGAAUUCCUGCGCGGCCUGCACUUCGAGCUGCACGUCAACAUCAGAGACUUCAGUGCCUGGUUCAAGCUGCUCCACGGCAUGGUCCACCUCAAGGACCGCCACACCGCCAUCGCACUCGCCGCCGGCCCACGCACCCGCUGGUUCAAGAAGAUGCGCGUCGCCUCCGCCGAAGGGCUCAGCGUCCUUGAAAGCCUCCUCUCGCCCAUCCGCAACUCCACCCUGAUGAUCCAGUUUCCCCGAUGGGAUGGAUCACCCGCAAGCGUCUCGUCAGCAUACUCGGCCAUCGUGCCCUCCAACGCACUCUCGAUGACCCCGCAACAGCAGAUCGAAUUCCACGAGCGACAGAUCGCCUCACUGCCCCCGAAGACCCGGACGGAGUAUCUGUCGGCGCAGGAGCAGCUCGAGGAGAGCAUGAGCCGCCAGAAGAGGAUCAGCUCUAUCGGCACCUCCAUCUCCUCCUCCUCCCGCAUCCCCAGCAGCGUGCACACCCCGAGCUCGCAGCAGCUGCUCAGCCAGCUCGCCCCGAUGAUCUCUCUCCAGGACGCCAACGGUGCCUAUCUGGGCUCCGCCAUCGUGCCCGCCACCCACCCCGGCGGAGGACAGGCCGGCCCGCCGGAGCUCUGUUUCCGCUCGAUCACCGCCGGCCGACGCGGCACGGUGGGCGGCGGGGCGGCCGACGAGCGCCACCCCGGCCUGAUCAACACCUCGGAAGAGCCCGAGACCUUUCCCGACGACAACCGCACCGGAGCACGCGGCUGCUUCUACUCGAACUUCUCCAACGCUGGCGUGCCUGGCGUCGGCACCGGCUCGCUCAGGAGCGCCGACUUCUUUCCCGCCGGCCAGGGCGCCGAGGGCCGCUUCCCCCCGCUCGCCGUCUCGCCCCUCCAGCGCUCUUCCGACCUCUCCCAGGCCCAGCUCGUCGAGCCUUUGAGACUCCAGCACCUCCAGCCCCCGCUCCUCCCUCCUCCUCCCCCUCACCCCCAGCAACACCAUCCUCGCCACCGCUUUCCGCCCUCCUAUGCCUACACAUAG